UAGAAAGAACAAUUCGCAGAUCGUUUUGUUGUGCCGCUUAGCCCUUUUUUUUUUUUUUUUCUCGCUAAGUGAGUGUCAUAGCGGAUACCCUCUUCGCCUUGGGCUUCCUCUCAACUCUCCUACCACCGACCGGAUCCCACAAUUUGCAAUCAUGAAAUCCGUCUUUCGGUGGGAAUGAAGUUUCGCUAGAAGCAUGCCAGAUCAUUUAUUCCUUCAAACGCAUCCCGAGCCUCCGUUUUGGCCUCAGCAGCAAAGAUGGCUCCCAUAACAUGGCAGCCGGGCGCCACCCUUGCCGAAAUCCUCACCUCCCAUGGCGCCCUCUUCGAGAAACGCGACUCGACUCCGAGUUAUAUGGAUAACCCAGAAAUCUUAGCCAUAAUGUCGAUAUCCCUCUCCAUGGCCUCAAUCAGUGUGCUUGCUGCUUUGUGUGCCUUUUACUGGUUCGUCCGAAUGAGGAGAAGCUUCCGCCACGACUUGAUAAUGCUCUUAAUCCAAAGCGACAUGAUGAAAGCGCUAUGGCUCGUAAUCUGCCCUCUAGCCUUCUUUGCCAAGGUGCCUAUCGAUUCGAAUUCGACCUUCUGCCAAGUUUCCGGCUUUCUCCUAACGGUUAGUAUCGAGGCCUCGGAUAUUGCUGUCCUCCUGAUCGCAGUGCACACGGCCUUGUUCAUACUCAGGCCUCGGGGUUCGAGCGGUGCAGCUGGGCUUUAUCCGUACAGACGCAUAGCAUAUACCUGUUGGGCCAUCAUCCCUCUCGUCCUAGCCGCGGUCGUGCCAAUUACCGGCGGACAAUUCGCGGACAACGGUCCCCAUUGCUAUCUACCCCUCCGCCCGGCCUGGUAUCUGAGUGCCCUCAGCUGGAUUCCGCGAUACGUCAUAUCAGCCUUCAUCAUCGUCGUAUACACGGUCCUCUACCUCUACGUCGCCUGCAGAUUCCGAAGCUUCACCAGAGACCAGCGGCGUGCCAGCACGGCCCACAGCGAUCAUCCUGAGCAGCACCGCAAGCAUCACAACCACCGCCACGACCACAGUGGGGACGUCCCACCCACACCGCCUAUCGUGGACUACGGUUUCUUGGACUCUGCCCGGGACAGCCUGGCAAAGGAUGGGGACCCGAGGGAUCGCCAGCAUUCUGUCGACUCGACCAUCAGCACGCUGGACUUUGGGGGAGGGGGAGGAGGGGGAGCAUCCACCCCUCUUCCGCGGAGACCCGACCAGGCGAUGAGGAACUCGAUUCGAUGGAACACUGUGAAUUUUGCCAACGACGGGUCGGCCGAAUUGCAGCAGCAGUCUAGGCGGGGAAGCCAAUCAGGCCUGGUAAGCCCGGCCUCGCCGUCGUUACAAGCAGAAGAAAGCAUCCCAAUUCGCGCUCCCGAAUCCGUCGUCCACAGCCCACGCUCCUCGCAGCAAUCCUCCCACGUCCCCUUCACGUGGCGGCGUUCCACGUCUUCGGGCACCCCUUCGCACUCCCGCUCCCACUCGCACACCCACAGCCUCACCAACUCCAUCCACUCCGUCUCCAACAUGAUCUGCGCCCUCCGCCGCGGGCCGCCGCGCACCCGCUCGUCAACGCAGACCAGCACCACCACAUCCUCGUCCUCGGUCUUCCUGCCGCAGAACGAGACGGAAGACGCGAUGCGGCGGUCGCGGGACAAGCAGCAGCGGCAGCUGCGCCUGCUCUUCGUGUACCCUGCCAUCUACAUGGUGACGUGGAUCGCGCCCUUCGUCUCGCACGUGCUGCAGUACGACGACGACUACGCGAACCUCGGCGCCUCGCACGGCACCGGCCACGUCGCCCUCCAGAUCGUCAGCGUCACCAGCCUGUGCAUCGGCGCCGCCGUCGACUGCUGCUUCUUCACCGCCUGGGAGCGCCCCUGGCUGCACCUGCGCGGCGGCUUCUGGGAGAAUCUGGCACUGAGGCUGCGGAUACGCCGUCCUGGGGGCCGGAGUAGGCACGGCGCCGGACGCACCCGCGAGGAGCGGUUCGUGGAUGCGCGGACGGCGCGCGUUAGGCGCGAGCAGGAGGAGAAUCUGGAGAAUUUGACCAUUGAGGCGGCUGCGGCGGCGAGACGGGCUUCCGGACACCGGUCCCAGCUUGGCGCGCCGCCGCGCGAGUGGUGGGAUGCCCUGGAUGCCGGGUCCUCUGAGCACUUGAACGCCGCAGGACGUUAUCCGAGGGUCAGCGGGGACGGAAUAUGAAGUAUGGGAUGGGGAAUUAGGGGGGUUAGGGUAGGAGGGAAGGAGUAAGAGGAGAAAGGGGGGCGGAGGUAUAUAUAGCAUUUUACGCAUGACACGACAUGACAUGAGAUGAAAUUACAUGAGACAAAAGACGACACACGAGCAUCAGACACAACAAAGCGGCAUAUCAGGGUUUUUCGA